GGAGCCGGGGUGCUGCGGUUCCAGCCUCCCCGCCGCGGCGGAGGAGAGGCGGGAGGUUUCCUCUCUGCGCUCCGCCGCGGCCCCAGGAGCAGCCUCCGGCGGGGCCGCUGCCAUGGUCCGGCCGGCAGCCUGGGAACGGUGGUAGCCGGUGGGGACGGUGUGAGGCAAUAGUGACCAGUGCACAUCUUGACAAAGUCUCCUAGCAACCUUUUCUGCAGUGCUGAGUGACAGCAGGAGUGGCUGGGUAAAUCGAUGAGCUUGCCUUGGGAGCCUAUAAAUAGGCAAAAUCAAAGCACACAAUGGGGCAGAAGGUCACAGGUGGGAUAAAGACUGUGGAUAUGAGGGACCCUGUAUACAGGCCAUUGAAGCAGGAACUCCAAGGACUCGACUACAGCAAACCCACACGCCUGGACUUGCUACUAGACAUGCCUCCUGUAUCCUAUGAAGUCCAGUUACUGCAUUCAUGGAACAAUGAUGAUCGCUCACUGAAUGUCUUUGUGAAAGAGGAUGACAAGCUCAUAUUUCACCGGCAUCCGGUGGCUCAGAGUACAGAUGCCAUCAGAGGCAAAGUCGGAUAUACAAGAGGACUGCAUGUGUGGCAGAUCACAUGGGCAAUGAGGCAGCGAGGGACACAUGCUGUGGUGGGGGUGGCCACAGCAGAAGCCCCUUUGCAUUCAGUAGGGUACACAACGCUGGUGGGAAAUAACCACGAAUCCUGGGGAUGGGACCUUGGGCGUAACAGACUGUACCACGAUGGCAAGAACCAGCCAAGUAAAACUUAUCCUGCCUUCUUAGAACCAGAUGAAACUUUCAUUGUGCCGGACUCCUUCCUGGUGGUUCUGGACAUGGACGAUGGGACACUGAGCUUCAUUGUAGAUGGGCAAUACAUGGGUGUUGCAUUUCGGGGACUCAAAGGAAAAAAGCUAUAUCCAGUGGUAAGCGCAGUGUGGGGACACUGUGAAAUACGGAUGUGCUACUUGAAUGGACUUGACCCUGAACCACUGCCUUUGAUGGACUUGUGUCGGAGAGCUGUGAGGCUUGCCCUGGGCAAGGAGAGACUGAAUGAGAUCCCUACACUGCCACUGCCAGCUUCCCUCAAGAGUUACCUGCUCUACCAAUGACCUUCAUGUUCAAGGACAGAGUUGGAACCAAGACAAAAUACUGGAGCUGACCCACUGAGCAAUGGGUUUUCCACCCUCAUGUCAUCGCUACUGUUGGAACUCCUUGGCCAAGUAUUCCUGCCACUGCUUAUGUCUCCAUGUGCCAUUAUUGGCAGCUCUCAAGUAAUCUUUGUUUCACAACCAAGUUUUUUGUUCUUUGGAAUUCACUUCCCCAGCACACUUAGAAAAGGAACAUUUACAGAAGCUCUCUGCUUCCCUGCUUCUCCUGAGAAAAGGUGUGGUGUUGCAUCCUUUGGGUUGUAGAGCCUAGGAGUGAAUGAUUUUUUUUGUAUCAGAUAAAGGGAAGAACAUAGUUUGGGGGAAGGGAAGGCAUUAGGAAUAGAAAUGUUAAGAUCAGGUCCUAAGAAUGGAAAGGCACAGGGUGGCCAGCAGAGUUGGAAAGAGUCUGAAAUACCAAGAAGAAUUAAUUGCUGAGUUUUUAAAAACCAAAAAAGACACCCCAUCUUCAAACCCUGAAAUACCAAAACCAAGAACCCUUCCACCAGGACACUCCUUCAUUUGGAGGUUAUGUUGCUGAUGUCUGUAGCUCUGCCAGGACUUCUCACCAUGUUCUAAUGUUUUUUCAUAGCCAUUGAAUCCUGCUUUCUUGUUCAUCACCACUGCUUUCUCAAUUCUCCUGCUGCUUUCUCUGGUCUGCCUAUUAGUGGGUUAGCUUCAGUUGACUGAGCAGUCAUACCAUGUCUUCACCUGCCCUCUUUUUUUACUGAAAACUGCAGGUUUUAGUCUGGAAUGAGAGGUUUGAUGCUGAUGUGGGGACAGGGAAGGGAUAAAUUUUUGCAAUAGGGUGAGACCUGCUGAAUGAGCUGCUAUAGGUCCUGCUGGCUUACAUGUGCUUGGUGUAUAGCCUGUUCCAUGUUAAGGCUUUAGAGAAACAUACUAAUGUGUUUAUCUAAGGGAUCUGCCAGGGAAUUAUCUUCCUAGAUAAGCUGCUUAAAGUCAUGCAAACCUGGCUUUGUUCUGGCAUAGACCGUGGGCAUAAUCUCCACUUACCUAUGCAGUGGGAAUAGUUCUCUCUGCUUCUUGUUUGAGGGUAGGAAGUUGUCCCAGAAAAGGUGGUAGCAGUGGCUGCAGAAGUGCCAUCAGCACAUGAGAAAUCAGAAGGUGAUUGCUGCAGUAUGUAACUUGUGAGAUUUUAACAGAGCCAGUGGGGUGACCUUGAGGCACAGCAAGAAGAAACUGAACUGCUCCAGAGCUGGAGAUGGGGGGGCAGGAGAGAACUGCAAUAAACAGGACUAGCAAUUCAGGCAAAAUCGGCACAUCCCAAAUAGAUUCUCACCUCAGUAGCCAACUGAAGAGGAUGACACUCCUUUACUAGCAGGAGCUGCUCUCUUGACCUCUCCACAGGUUACUAUGCUGCCUUUCUGGGGUUAUUUUGCACAUUUCUUUGUCUUGAAAAUUGUUUGUGUGGUUGGUUUUUUUGCUCCUGAGUUAUCCCUUCAGUUUGGUGUAGGUACAAAUGAGUUUAGUUGAAAAUGUUAAUAUAUAUAUUUGUGGUGUAUGUAUAAGAACAAGUUUUAAACAGCUGCUGUAGGGUACCUUUUUUUAAAAUAAACUACUUGCAUAGUAUAUUUUUUAAAGCACAGAAUUGCUGCCAAGACUGGGUGGGGUGUGAAGUGCCCCUUUUUAAUAUUAUAUGAUUUUUUUAAAUGUAGACGUUUGUACUAGUUUAUGUUACAGGGUGGGACACAAGAAAAUUCAGUAUGUAUGGAGCCCUACUUGGUUGCCUUCAACUUGAACCAGUGUCUUCCAAAACUCCAGGGAAGCAGCUGUGUUCUCCCUACUUUCUAAUGUUAUUUGUGCUCCCUUGUUUCCAUCUCUUCUCACUUCACCAGUACAUUGCUUUGUACAGUUUUAAAUUCUGACUUUCUAUUUUAUGACUGUAGAUAAUACUCAGUAACCUAAUAAAGUUUAUUAAAUAAUACUUGA